CCGGAAGUGGCGGCUGGAGCGGGAGCGCUGAGGUGUCGGCUGGCGGGGCUGCGGCCGGGAGCGGGGGGCGGGAGCGCUGGUCAUGUUUACCUUCGGGCCCGGUAGUCCCGAAGGGGAUGGGACGGCCGGAACUGGGGCUGAAGAGCCGGCACCCCGUGCGGGGCAGGCGACAGCCGCCGGGCCGCUCCCCUCCCCGCCCGCGCCGCCGCAGCCCGGGGCUGACGCAGCCCCUCCCCCGUCGCCCUCCCGGAGCCCUCGCCGCCCCGCCCUUCNCGCCGGCCCGGGCGGCCCCGGCGCCCGGCUGUUCGGGUGGCUGAGAGAGCGCAGCCUGGGCCGCGGGCUGUUCGUGGACCCGGCGCGGGACAAUUUCCGCACCAUGACUAACCUCUAUGGUUCCAUCCAUCCCGCGGACUCGGUGUACCUCAGCACCCGCACCCACGGCGCGGUCUUCAACCUCGAGUACUCGCCCGACGGGUCAGUGCUGACUGUUGCUUGUGAACAGACUGAAGUUCUCCUUUUUGACCCUAUAUCUUCAAAGCACAUAAAAACACUUUCUGAAGCUCAUGAAGACUGUGUAAAUAAUAUCAGAUUUCUUGAUAACCGGCUGUUUGCUACCUGCUCUGAUGACACUACAAUAGCACUAUGGGAUCUGAGAAAACUGAACACCAAAGUAUGCACUUUACAUGGUCACACUAGCUGGGUGAAGAACAUCGAAUAUGAUACUAAUACAAGACUCUUAGUAACAUCAGGAUUUGAUGGAAAUGUCAUUAUUUGGGACACCAACAGGUGUACAGAAGAUGGGUGUCCACAUAAGAAAUUCUUUCACACACGUUUUCUCAUGCGAAUGCGGUUAACACCAGAUUGUUCCAAAAUGUUGAUUUCAACGUCCUCUGGAUAUCUCUUGAUUUUGCAUGACCUUGACUUAACCAAGUCUUUAGAAGUAGGCAGCUAUCCCAUUUUGAGAGCAAGAAGAACUACAUCAAGUUCAGAUCUGACUACUUCAUCAAGUUCAUCUGGUCCUCGAGUUUCUGGUUCACCUUGUCAUCAUAGUGAUUCUAAUUCAUCUUCUGAGAAACACGUGUCACGAGCCUCACAAAGAGAAGGAGUUUCACCACGAAAUAGUCUUGAAGUCUUAACCCCUGAAGUUCCUGGUGAGAGAGAUCGUGGAAACUGCAUCACAUCCUUACAGCUGCACCCAAAAGGCUGGGCCACUCUCCUCCGGUGCUCAAGCAACACUGAUGAUCAGGAGUGGACUUGUGUCUAUGAAUUCCAAGAAGGAGCUCCCGUGCGACCUGUCUCACCUCGCUGUUCUCUACGACUAACUCAUUACAUUGAAGAAGCCAAUGUAGGCAGGGGUUAUAUCAAAGAACUUUGCUUCAGCCCUGAUGGGCGAAUGAUCUCUUCCCCACAUGGCUACGGGAUUCGCUUAUUGGGAUUUGACAAACAGUGCAGUGAACUUAUAGACUGUUUGCCCAAAGAAGCCAGUCCCCUGCGGGUCAUCCGUUCUCUAUACUCUCAUAAUGAUGUGGUACUGACAACAAAGUUCUCUCCAACACAUUGUCAGAUUGCCUCAGGGUGCCUUAGUGGACGGGUUUCUUUGUAUCAGCCGAAGUUUUAGGCACAACUUACAUCAAAUAAGGAACUCUUCUGGUGUUUGACUUACAAAUUACUUCAAUUUAGGUGAAGUAUUUCCUUUUUAGAAGAUCUUAAAAGUUUGGGUCAAGAUCCCAGUUCUCAUGGGUCCACGAACACACCUGUGACCUGAGGACUUGGCCGUCGGGCAUCGUAGGGGCCUCACCAAGUUAGACUCUACGCAGCAGCAGCUCUUGCCGCAUUCCUCUGCUCCUGCUCAUCUGUGCCACCUGAACUUCGGUUCUUCUGGUUAUUUUGCAUGGUAGCUCUUGUCAAGUUUCUUUCUUUUCUUGUUUCUUGAUUUUGGUGUGAAUUUUGUGGACGUCUGGCAGGAGUUUUGGUUGAGUUAGGAGAAACCCAUGACACUAGUAUUGAAUAAAACCCAGAAGUUCGAUGUCAGCAUACUGGUCAUUGAAAAAGAAAUUUCACCUUCACUUAUCAGUAUACUGGGCCUUUUAAAGUUGCUGUUACGUUUCUCUAUAAUGAGCACAGAUAAUGGCAUUAUUCUCAUAACUGUUAGUCUUACAACAAAAAUGUCUUUUAAGUUUCCUGUUAAAAUUAUACAUAUUUUUUCACCAUGAGGGGAAUUUUGUUGUAAAACUCUAGAAAAAAUAAUUACCACAUCUCUUCGUAAUUUACUUGUAUGAAUUUAAAAAUCUCUAGCAUGUGUCCGUACUUGGUAUUUUGUUCUUGUCAGCAGCAUUUAGAAAGGAAAAGAGAAGGAAUGGGCUUUGGUCAUUUCUGUUAUAUAGAAGAGGAUUCAUUAAGUUAGUACACUAUCUGGUCAGAGGGAUGAAAACGAUGUGGUUUCGAGUUUCUGUUUUCUCUGCUAGACUAUUUGACUCACACAGGGUGACGUGUUAUGGUAUAAGGGUGGAGGGGGGAUUGAGAGUAAUGAGGCUGUGUGUGUUUUCCUCAUCUUUACUCCUUGAGCCAGGUGGCACAAGCUCGAGCCUUAGCAUUAGGGAAGGGAGAACUGCAGUCCUCUUCUAGCUGUGACCUAACUACAGUAGUCAGCGACUUGGAUGUCAAGACAAAGAGCUGAUGUGAAGACCUCUUAAUAUUUUGUUAUGGAACACAGCAAGUAAAAAAACAUCAAGCAGGGGUCAGUCACAGGGCUGACUGGCCUGCUGAAGUAAACAGCUUUUUUCUAGUCUCCACCUGGAAUGGUAUUAUAUUUACAAGGGAUCCACCAGAGGCUGGAGUAAUUUAAGCCACACGCUAGCUCGUUCCCUCUCAGAUCAUAUUCUCUUAAGCCAAUGGUUCUCAAAUAUUAGGGUGCAUUACAAUCAUUGAGGAGCUUGUGGAAAACACAGAAACGUGGCCCUCACCUUAGGAGGUUCUCAUUCAGCCAGGGAGAGGAAAGGAAUCUGUUUUUAAUAGGAACCUCAAGUAAUCUUUAUUCAGGUGGUCCCUGGAUCAGAGUUUGAAAAACACUACACCUUAAACAUCCGUAAGUACUUCUGUACCUAUCAGGUGCUUAACUCCCAGAAGGUGUUUUAAUUAUUUAAAAAAAAAAUAGUAAAUGAAACCCAUUUUAGAGGUAGAAAAUGUGAUCAAUCUCAUUAUCUGAUGAAUGAGAAAAGUUAAGUGACUUGCCUAAAGUCAUCUUACAAAAUUAGUGGCAGAGCCAGAACUUGAAUUCAAGUCUCCUAAUUCCUUGCUCAGGGCAAUUUCUACUGUAUUAUGCUGGCUGUUAAAACAAUGAUUUCUGAACACUUUAUCUUGUCUUUAAGUUGUAUUAUUGUGACUGCUCUUAAACUGGCCGAUAAGUUGAAAAAGGCAUGGGAGUAGAUGCUGAAAAUUCCAGCCGUAAGACGAAAAGAAGCUUAAAUCUUAUAGAAAUGUUUAAGCAACCCAAAUACAUGAAUAAAAAUAACAUUUCUUUAUAGAACCUACCAGACAGCCAUUCACACAUAUGUGCAGAAGUUACAUCUCACUUGGAACAAUCUUGGCUCUAGGACAAAUUUUAAAAAUUAGAUUAUUUUACCACGGAUGUCAAAAAAAGAUUGGAAAUUUUUUAGCCAUCAAAAUUACUGCAAAGUAUAAUGAAAACACAGGUUUGCCAUAAAUUUUUUUAAAAACCCCAGAUAUUUAAAGGAACAUAAAGUUUUGGAGGCAAAAGCACCCAAUCUUAACAUUCAAAAUAAGCUACUAAGUACAAUAAUUAUAUUGAUUUAAAAAAGGUUCCAUACAUUGCAUCCCCUUUGGAGAGAGUUGCAUGUCAGAUGCUGGGCCCACGUGUCGCCCGACUCUGAAUUCCAGUUCGUGAUUCUUCAACCAUUAUAGAGUUCCUACGCUGUCAAAUAAUCUACACACUUUACUACUAACCCUCACUCACAAAAUACCUUGCAAGGUAGGUAACGUGAGCACCAGUUUACUUUGGAGGAAAUGGAGGGUCUGACAGGUUAAGUGAUUUGCCUAAGUCACAGAGCUGGGGGUGGGCAACACUGGGAUUCAAGCCUAGCUGCUUUAGCCCAAAGCCUGUGUGCUUACUACUCUACCACUUUGCUCUUUUUUAUAAAGGACAGGAAACUGGCCUGUUAAUUAGUUUAGCAUCCUCUGUAAAUUCGGUAUUACAGAGCUGGCUUACCUUCUGUACCAUGCAAGAGAACAUUCAUAAGCUUGAAAAUGUCCAGUAGAAUUAGUACCAUAAACUGCAGGGCGUACAUACAGUCCGUUCCUAACAGAAAGACUUCAAGCAGGAUUAAGUAGCUGUAAAGAAAAAUGUGGGAUGAACAGCUCUAUAAAAAUAGAGCCACACAGAUGAGAAAAAUCAACAAACUCAACAAAACCACAUUUAUUCUCUUUUUGAGGUACGGUCAGGAUCAAAAAAUCAAGAGGGGGAUAUUAAUCCAGGAAUUACAGGGCAUCAGGAAUGCUAGACUCUUGGAGAAAACUGCAUCUUAUAAUUUCAAGGUCUCAUUUCACCUAAGAGCAUAAAAUCUAAUUUGGUGUUUUUUUACUCUAAACUUUAGUCAUUUUUAUUCAUGAUAAUUGGUGAAUGUAUUAUAAAUGGUAAUGUGGUAUAGUUGUUGGUAAACAUAGUGUAAAUUGUUUUAAAAACUUCCUACAGGGGCACCUGGCUGGCUCAGUCAGAGCAUGCAGCUCUUGAUCUUGGGGUCAUGAGUUUAAGCCCCACCUUGAGGGGUAGAUUGUACUUAAAAAAAAAAUCUUGAAAAAACUUUCUACAGAAAUGCUAUGUUAAAUAAGUUUAGGAACAUCAAAUAUUUAGUACUUCCUUAUCUUUAAUUGUGAAAAUGAAGUGGCUAAAGCAGACAAGACCCCUCUCUUAAUCUUUUGAAAAUGUAUGUGGUCUUUCUUCUCAGAAGCCCAAAGAACAUGUAUAUUGUUAUUUCUCCUUGUUUCAUCCAAGAUGAGGCUAUACCAAAAAUUUUAGGAAAACAAGCAAGGAAGAGGUUCCCAACUCCUGUCUAGAACCACAUCACAUUAUAUUGUGGUUAAAGUUUUGUUUUCUACAGAGUGCAAUAUAGGAAAAACACCCUGAGAAUCUUUUAGAAGUCUAGUGUUUCCCGUAUUAGUCAGAAUAUAUGGUACUGGCAUCCGUAAGUAUCUGUUCAAGCUUGUGUUUAGCAGGAGAAACUGAUGACAAUCAUCCCCAUUUAAAAUGACCGGCAGCCACGGAGAGCUAUGAAAAUUCACUCAGUAAUACCUAGUGUUGGCCAUGAAAGAAAGCAUAUAUAUGGAUUUUUGGAUAACUAAUGCAUAUCUCUUAAGUGCCAAAAUUUAAAACUUGUAAAUUAUUUUUGAUGCAAGUCUUUCAGAUAUGUUAGUAUACCUCCCUGCCUUCUUAAACAGCAUGCUCGGUAUAAUUCACUUUUUCACAAUGAAAAGUAAAAGUUAUGUUCAUGUGUUACUACAAAUACCCAAUGAGCUCUGAUGUAUGUAAAAUACUUCAUAAAAUGUAAAGGGCUAUAACAAAUACAAGUUAAUAUCAAUUAUUAUAAAGUGAUUCCCUCAGCCUUGAGGUAUAUAUAAUCCUUUGCCUCAGGUUGCUUGGAUUUGGGGAUUUUUUUAUUUAAAAAUUUUUCUAUCUGCUAAGUAGUUUGUUCUGUCUCUUACCACAGUAUCCACAUGCCUGCCUUUAACAGGCUCCUUAUCGUGUGUGCUGUGUUCAUCUGUUAGGAGCUAGGGCAUGGAGAACCCAGCCAGCUCAGUGUCUAAAGAGCCACACAAGCCCUGCUGCACAGUCUCUGAGACCACUAGGUUUUGAAAGGUUCACAGGUAACCAUUUGGAUAACAGAAGUACCCAGGUAAAGCCUAGGCUAGUGAUUUUUUCAGCUGCCACUAAGUAAAAGACUAUAGACUAAGGAUGCUGCUAGAUUAAGGAAUAAACAGCAAUGUACCAAAGUAUAGCCAAGUAUCAACAAAGGCUCUGUAUUUGCACAGGGAUCCUUCAUGUUUUUUUUUUCCCCCUUAAAAGAAGAAUCUGGGGGGGAAAACAAUGAAAAUAAACUCCAGAUAGACUUGAGCAUUUUUGAUGCCAUUAAACUUGGUCAAUAGCCAUUAAAAUACACGUUUAAAUUAUCACAUAUUGUUAUGGUUUUAGUCUCAUUGCAGAAUAAGAUUAUACUGAAAUUUAUACCCUAAAGAUGAUUCCCAAGAAUUUCUCCCGUUCAAAUGACAACAGAAAUUAUCAAAAGGAAAGUCUCAAAUUUACCUGUAUGCUGCUGCUUUAGAUGUAAAUGAAUUAGUAAUGGAAAUAUGGGUUUUAUCAAAAGCUCCAAGGAACACAUCUCACAUAUGCACACCUCGUAUAUGUAUAUUAAUGUUACUAUAAAUGAAAUGUCAUCCAGAGACAAUAAAAUAAUUUUAAAAUUUCAGUCUUGUUCAUAGUAUUUAAAAUGGAAUUUUUUCAGCUUUCCUAAGCUGCUUAUUUCAGUUUCAUGUUUUCUACAUUAAAGUUUGGAUAUUUGAUUUUUUUUUAAUUUCACUGCAUCCUCCAUUUCUAAAGUGUGGUUUCUGGUAAAUUUUAGAUUCAUAUUUUUAGGAAAGUUGGGAAUGUUCCACAUAAUAUCCUAGACACCAGAAAGUUUUUUCACUAGGUUCUGAGGUACUGUUAAGUUCUUAUGCUAGACUGUAAGCUCCUUGUGGGCAGGGACUGUCUUACUUUUCUUGUAUCCCCUGUGCCCAGUACAGGAUCUGACAGAGUAGUUGUUCAAUACAUUAUUUUUUGUAGGAAUCAAAUGAAUCUUAGCCAUAUGUGGCCUCAGAUUUCCAUGAAGUCAGAAUGUGAUGUGGAAAUAGAGAAAUCUUCAUCAGAGUAAGAUUUUUUCUGACCACAGGUCAGGAAAACUAAGCAUUUCUCAUUGAUUUGGAAAACUGCAAAACUCAAUUUUCAUCCACCAAACAUUUGAAUCCCUACUAUAUGCCUUGUGCAGUACCAGGGACUCAAGGGACAAAGAUAACUAAGGCGGUAGCCCUGGCUUCCUGCACGUGUGACCAGUGCAGCCAUACAGGGCCCUGCAGUGAGAAAAGGUCCAGGCUUGCUGUAAGGUUCUGCUGAAGCCAUCUUAAAAUUCUUCAUUUUUUGAACAAGGGGCCCAUAUUUCUAUUUUGCACUGGGCUUCCAAAUAUAUAGCUGGUCCUGCUUCAAUAUUACCAUGUUGACACGGUGGGAACAAUAAGAAUUACAGUAUCUUUUAUCUACUGUCCAAUAAAGAUAUUCACACUCAUUAAAAACUAGCCAUAAAGUGAAUGAUUUAGUAAAAUAACUUCUAAAAUUAAAACUUCCUCCCACACUUUUUUUCACAGAUCUUCAUUUCAGAAUUAAGAAAGCUUUCUAAAACUGUAAUUGGCUUUUACUGUUUCAACUGAAUUCUCUUGAGGUUUUUAUAUGGAUGUAGAGUUGUAGGUGAUUUUAUCUACAUACCUACAUACCUACAUGCAAUUUUAAGAUUUCAGUAAAACUUUUAUUAAUAUAUGCACUGGAUGUUUUGGUGUAAGUCUACCUCAUAAUGUGCUUUUAAAAAAAUAAAUGCUACUUUGAAACAUUUAACAAGCUUUUUCUGUGGUUAACCUGUUUGAAAGGUUGAUGGCAAGCUUGCAUUUAGCAGUAUUUUGAAAUUUUUGUUUCAAUUGCUUAAUGUUUAUUUUUAGACCAGAAUCAAGCAUAACGCUAUGACAGCGGCAGUAGCUUGGUGAUUCUUGUAGUGGUAUUCUAAACUUUUAAA